AGUUGUCACUUUUCCAAAAUAAUUCAUAUUUCAGAAUAUUUUCGUAUUUUACUUCUACAGGCGUUUCUUGAAAUGUAAAACCAUGUCCCAGUGUGUAAAUGAAAAUAUAUCGGAAAUUAUUGUUCAAGAAAAUGGUGCUGGUGAUGCAAAAAAUCCGGACAGCAAGGCGACAAAACUAAAUAUAGAAUUGAAAAAUCGUUUGAGAAAAUACAUAAAAAAGUUGGACGAAACAGGCACAAGCAUUACAAAACAAGAGAGUGAGAAAAUUGAAAUCGACACAUUUAAACAGUUAUACAAACCAAAACUUGAUGAUGACGAGGAAUCCUACAAGAAAAUACCCAAAUUCUAUUUCAAAUUACCUCGCCCUGAUGACAUUUUAGCACAAAAAUUAAGAGAAGAAGCCAGAGCGCAAUUUUUGCAGAAAAAAAGUAAAGAAUUACUAGAUAAUAAUGAAUUAAAGCAUCUUUGGAGUUUGCUGGAGAAAUCUAAUGGGAGCUAUAGUAUGGCUAACAAUGAUGAGUUGACUAUAGAUUAUUUGCAGUUUAGAAAGAUUAGAGAUGAUGCUGGACCCAAAUACAGGCCAUAUUUCACAGCAGAAGUUUUCGGUCGUCUACAAGCAGCAGAAGGAGGAAUGGGGAAGGUUCGUGCAGUGUCCCUCUUCAACUAUGUGAUGAGAAGGGUGUGGCUACAGCAGACCAGAAUUGGUCUGUCACUUUAUGAUGUCACUGGGCAGGGAUAUUUGACAGAACAUGACCUAGAAAGUUACAUAGCAGAAUUGGUACCCUCAUUAGCAGCACUAGACGGACUGGAUUCAUCAUUUACAUCAUUCUACGUUUGCACAUGCGCGAGGAAAUUCCUGUUCUUCCUAGACCCUUUAAGGAUUGGUAGAGUGAGAAUUCGAGAUGUGCUGUCUUGCUCUUUCUUAGAUGAUUUGCUGGAGCUCCGGGAAGAAGACCUGCCGAUGGAGCUCCAAGAGCAGAACUGGUUCAGUGCAGCAUCAGCUCUACGUGUUUACGGGCAGUAUCUAAACCUGGAUAGAGAUCAUAAUGGAAUGCUCAGUAUUAAUGAAUUAGCUGGAUAUGGUUCCGGGACUCUAACCCGAGCGUUUCUCCAACGCGUGUUCCAACAAUGCCUAACAUAUGACGGUGAAAUGGACUACAAGACCUAUUUAGACCUAGUUCUAGCCCUAGAAAAUAGGAAACAGCCAGCAGCGUUAGCGUAUCUAUUUAGAAUAUUGGAUAUCAAUUCGCAGGGAUAUUUGGAUGCGUUUACGUUGAAUUAUUUUUUUAAGGCGAUCCAAGAGCAAAUGGUAGCGCACGGUGCAGAACCAGUAAACUUCGACGACGUGAAAGACGAAAUCUUCGACAUGAUACGUCCCGAGCAUCCAACUCGCAUCACCUUACAAGAUUUAAUAAGAAGCGGCCAUGGGCAUACUGCAGUCUCUAUUCUGUUGGAACUACAUGGUUUCUGGGCUUAUGAGAACAGAGAGGCAUUGGCAGCAGCUGGAGACCAUAGCACCUGACAGUGGGACAAACUAAAGUUUGAGAAAAAGAAUUUUUACAUUAUUUAAUAAUGCAUUAUCUGAAGAUAGACUACUUCGAAUACCAGUGAUCUUUGAACCACCUAGUUGCGCUACGCCUAGCAUGCGCGUGCGCUUCGAAAACGUGUCAUAAAGGAGUGGCAGGCCACAAAAUUAAAAUUAAGUUAAAAAUCCAAAUCUUCGUUAUAUUACUUAUUUAAUGUUCUACCCUAUUAUCAUUGCGUAGUUCCCAGUAUGCAAAACACGUAAACGAAGAAUUUUUGAUAUACAAGUCAGCAAGGACAGAUACCUUGAUCAUCUUAACGACAGGAAAAUUAUCCUAGAAGAAUUGUCUAUGAAUUUCGAUAGGCAUUCACAGAUUAAAAAAAAAAUUGUAAUCAACAGGAUAAAAGGCAAUUUUCAAAUUAUUUUUCACGCCACUAGAUCCGGGCCCUGUAGUCUCGUUCUCCGUCUGACAUCUAUGUAAUACUCGACUUAAUUAAAAGGGGUGCGGUUCGUUUUAUAUAACAACCAAUUACAGAUUUUAUGCGUGAUAUCACUGAGUAUAAUAGACGAUUGAUAUAACAACUUUCAAUCUAAUAUACCGAUGCAUUGACUUACAAAUAAAUGGACGACGGGUCUAAUACAAAAACCACGAAAAAAAU